CUUUCUUCCCUUCCCUUCCCUUCCGUUGCGCUGGGCUCCGGCCUCCUGGGCUCGGCCCCGCUCCUGCCCCCGCAGCCCCGCCGGGCCUCCCCGGCCCUCGAGCUCUCGGGCUCGGCCGCAGCCGAGAGGGACAGGGGCGAUCGGGAGCCUCGGGAACAUGGCGGCGGCCGGGCCGGAGCGCGAGGCGGGCGGCGGAGCCGAGGAGCCGGCGGCGGAGCCCGAGGAGCCGGGGCCGGUCCCCGCGGCGGCCCCGCAGCCCCCGCCCCGGGCUCCCCCGCCGGCCGAGGCGCCCGCGCAGCCCGAGCCCCGGGAGCCCCCGGAGCCCCCGGAGCCCCUGGAGGCCGGCGAGGUGGCGCGGAGGCUUCAGAGGACGCGGCGCGAGCUGAGCAACCGCAGGAAGGUGCUGCUGCGGAACCUGCCGCCCGACACGCACAGCCAGGAGGUCCAUGAUUUGCUGAAAGACUAUGAAUUAAAGUACUGUUAUGUGGACAGAAACAAAAGAACAGCCUUUGUUACCUUAUUGGAUGGGGAGCAAGCCCAAAAUGCCAUCCAGACGUUUCACCAACAUUCGCUUCGUGGAAAGGAGAUAACUGUCCAGCUGCAGCCCACGGAUGCUUUGCUCUGCAUCACCAACCUGCCCCCUUCUUUGACUAUAGAAGAAUUUGAGGAGCUGGUCCGGACAUUUGGCAAUAUUGAGAGGUGCUUUUUGGUCUACAAUGAAAUCACUGGCCAUUCGAAGGGCUAUGGCUUUGUGGAGUACAUGAAAAAGGACUCUGCCGCUAAGGCGAGGUCAGAACUGUUGGGUAAACAGUUAGGAGGCUUCACUCUCUUUGCACAGUGGAUGGAUGUGAAUCAGCUGGCCACCAAUCUCAUUCAUUCUAAGUGCCUAUGCAUCGAUAGACUUCCCAGAGACUUCACCGACUCCCAAGAGCUCUUGCAGAUUUUCUCUUUUAGUCACAAGCCUGUGUUUGGUCAGUUGGCACAGGAUGAAGGGAACUAUGCAGGCGGGUUUGCUGUAGUUGAAUAUGACACUGCAGAACAUGCUGAGGACGUUCAGCAGGCGGCUGAUGGGAUGAUGAUCCAGGGAAGCCAGGUCCAGGUGUCCUUCUGUGCCCCCGGAGCGUCUGGACGAAGUACCUUAGCAGCGCUGAUUGCCGCGCAAAGAAUGAUGCGCAAUAAUCGAAAGGGUUUACUUCCAGAGCCAAAUCCAGUCCAGAUUAUGAAGAGUUUAAACAACCCUGCCAUGUUGCAGAUUUUGCUGCAACCACAGUUACAUGGACAUGCUGGUAAGCCAGCGGUUCUCGGAGCCCCUGCCAGUUUGCCUCAUCUGGUGAACCCAUCCAUCACCCCUGCAUUUUUGCAGUUGAAUAAAAUACACCAGCAGAAUUCAGUUAUGAGCAAUACCUCUCGUUUAUUGCUUCAGAAUCUCUCUUACUUACAACUGGCCCAGCAACAGCUGAUGAAGAUAGAGAAUAUUCAUGCAAACAGUAAACCUGGAUUACUGGGUGAACCCCCAGCUAUGGUUCUUCAGACACUAGGAGCCGGGGCAGCGCCGUCCCUGAAGUCAGAGUUGGGGCACCGAGGAGAAGAACAUAAAACAGGAGCAGGGAUCUUACCAUUCUUUCCAAAUCAGCACAUGGUUGGCCAAGGUGGGCCAGGGCCAAGCACUCCUCAGGACAAACCGUCAGCCACACUGGGAUCGCCAGAAGGAACCAUCUCAGGGCCGCAGAGUUAUCUUCCGGGCUUUACUAAUCCUGCUGCUGGAGGUCUGGGGACAGCUCAGCCCAGGCAACACAAUCAGCCCAAAAGCACCGAAGAAAGUUCAGGGACUGUCUCUAAAAAUCAGACUUCGCUUUUGGGGGAACCACCAAAAGAAAUCCGACUUAGUACCAACCCGUACUUGAACUUGGCCAGUGUAUUGCCUGGGGUACAGUUGCCCUCCCCAGUUGCAAGUAAGACCAUGAGUGCUCUACCCCAGACUGGAAUCACAAGCAACAUAGUGGAUGCCAUCUCUCAGGGAACCUCAUCACAACAUGCAUUGGAAAAUUACAUUAGUUAUUCUCAGCAAUUUGGUGAUUAUUCACAGGUAUCUUCACCUUUAAGAAAUGAAAAGAGAGGCUCCUCAUACCUCAUUUCUGCCCCUGAAGGGAGCUCGGUGGAAUUUGUUGACCAACAUUCUCAGGGCACAGGAGGGUAUUAUGCAGAAUCCUAUUUAAAGAAGAAACGCGUCUACUGAGGUUCCCUCCAUUGGUCGGUCUUCCUGUCUGCUCCGCGUAGCUCAUUUCCAGGAUCUCUGCUGUUCAUCGCUGCCUUAAAGUCCGCCAGACUAGCCAUCUCUUUGAAAAAAAUGGAUCACCGUUCCCAGGAGGAGCAUCGAGUGCUUCACAGAUGGCAGAUUUGCCAAAUGAAAAUAAGAAGCAAUAAUUUUAAAAAAAAGACAUCCACUGAGACCAUUUCCCGCUAGUAUUAGGUGCAUCCUAAAUAAUGUGUUAAACUUAUCAUAGAUUGCUGAGAUUAACAAUUGUUCAUUAUUUUCUGACUGCAGAAACCAAUUUUCCCAUAAUCAUUUUGAUACCUUCUCUAAUCGUCUAAAGCAAUAAAGAGGAAACCUUUGUUUCCUGAGCCUUAGAAGGGUGAGUCUAAUGACAGGUUGAUUUUUGUUUUCCUUUUAGUUUACCCUGUAAGCCAAUGUGCAUUCCAACCUGUUUCUGCUAGUUAGUUUCCUUUGUAGGUGUGAGAGAUCAUGAUGUAGCAGGAAAAACACUGUAUUUGGAGUCGAGUUCCAACUACUUCCUGUUACCACUUGGUUGACCUACGUAUACCUAAAUUCCCUAGUUUCCUCAUCUAUAAAAUGAAGAGGUUGGACCCAUUGACCUUUAAGACUUUUUUGAACUCUAAGUCUAUGAUUGUCUGAGCUUUGCCCACAGUUGUAAAAAAAAGCACGUUCCAAACAGCAGCCAUGACCUUGUUUUGAGAAAGCUUUAUAUGCAAAAAGAAAUUCCUGGGAUACAAUCAGCUUUGCAGCACAAACUCCACGUGGAGACAUACAGGUAGUGUGAUUGUUUGGUAGAAGAUGGUUAGCCAUAGCUUUAUUUCUUUUGUAGCUAUUUUACUUUGAAAGUUUGAGAAUUACUUUGCAUUUUAAAAAUCACUUUUUUUUUUACUUACAUGUGUGAAACAGUGAGAAACAACUAAAUAGACAGAAUCACCUUUCUUUUUCCAUUAUAAUUGUGAAAAACUAUUUUUGAUGAUGUUGUUACCAUUUCUUUUGGCUUGGGUAAUCGAGUCCUCACAAGAGGGAGCUAGCUAACUUUGACUUGGUUUUCAAGGCUCUGGGUACUUUGGGGAAAGGCCUUUGGCCCUCUGAAAGGUCCAUGAAUUUGAAUCAGUCCAUACCUCCCACCCCUGAGAGUCUUGACGUUCAUUCACAACACACUUGUGGGUGGCAGGGAGGCCAAGGCUCCUUACUCGGCUUCCUGACAGAGAGCUGAGGCACGAGGUCAUUCAGUCAUUUUGGUAACCAUGUCCUUCAUUCUUCCAAAGCAGUCAAGUGAUCAGUAUCUUCCUUCCUGUUACCCAAUGAGAUAAGUAAGCUGAAGCACUAUAUAAAUGCUAGUUUUUGUUAUUAGUAGUAGUAGUAUUCUGAAGGAGCCUACUGUGGUACCAGUAUUUAUUACCUCUUUGGUCUUGAAGACCAAAUGAGAUAUUUGUGAAGUGCUUAGCACAGUGCCUGGCACAUAGUAGGUGCUUAAUAAAUGCGUGUUUCCCCCUCCCCUCCCAUGAGUCUAAACCUUAAUUUACCAUCUUCAGUAUAAACCCUGACCUGUACAGUGCCUGACAGUACUGGCACUAAGCCUGGAGGAGACAGGAAGCCCCUACAAUCCAGAAAGUUUCCAGAUGUGUGAGACACAAAUGCUGUAAUUGAGCAAGCAGACCCGGGCUCUUCAAGGAGCCGAAGCUUGUGCAGAAUAGAAUUGAAGGUUGUGAUUCGUUCUGUUUCAGACACAAAGGAAAUCUGCCCUAUUUUAAUUACGUCGUAUGGUAUGAUGCUUAAUAAUACUUUUCUGUACUCUGUAGAGAAUUUUCAUUUGCUUAACUUCCUGCCUGUUCUUUCUGUUCCUUAAAUCACAUCUGUUUCAUUCCAGCAUGUAGCCAAGUGCCUUGCACACAGUGGGCACUUAAUAAAUGCUUGUUGAUUGAUCACACAUUUUGAAAAUUAAACUAACGGGGUAGAUACAUAGCACUUUCUAAGAAUUUUUCAACUUGCAGAUGAUUGAUCGAAUGAGGCUAGGACUAGAUUCAUGAUUUCAUUGAUAAAGGGAACUCCCAGUGGGGAAACUUCCUCUGCCAAUGAAGAUGGCAUAUGGGCAUCUGCUAUAGGUCAUGUGAUCUGUCCAAGGUCACUCAGCAUGGAGGGGGGUGGACAUGGGAGGGGGAGGGCCUUGAACACCAGGUGUCCUGGCUAUCAACCCCACCAUGCUGCCUCUUAUCUUUAGCAAUAUAAUGUGAUUAUUCAACAGCUUGCUUGUCAUUGAUUUGUGCCCCAUGUUUUCCUUUCCCGUGUUCCUUCCUGCCCUGCAUUCAGUGUUUUCAGGGAUCAGUAGCCCUUCUCAAGAGAAGCAAACAGGAAAGCAGAGAAGGAAAACUCCAGCAUCAGGACUGUUAACCAGCAGCUGCACAGACCCAUUAACGUUUGUUUGUGGAGAGGAUUAAAGUCUUGGCCUACCAUGAAGAGUUGGAGUUUCUUGGAAUUUUUUAUCUGGGCUAUUGCUAUUGCUUGUUACGACCAUAAUUAGUAACCAGGCCCAUUACUGGGGGGGAGAAGGGGGGGAAACCAUGAAAAUUAUGUAUCAUAGUUAUUUUUCUAUGUAAUCAAACUAAAAUGCUCUGUGUUCAUCUAAUUCUUAAUAUUAAAAAGACACAUGCAUGUCAA